GGGGUGUGGCUCAUUUUCAAUAAUGGAGGGAGAAGAAUCGAAAAAAGAAGUGGCUGUUUCUCCUCCUCGGAAUAUCCCCGGGGACACCAGUGAUGAUCAAGACAGCGACUCAGACUCGGCUGGUUUUGAGACACCGCCAGAAACGAUAAGCCCCGAAGAAAAGGAAGAAAAUAAAGAAACAAAUAAUGGAGGGAGUGGAGGGCACAGUGGAGGAGGAGGAGGGUAUGUGGUAUCAGACGUGUCAUCAUUACUGCGUACACUAGACACUGAGGGAGUCCUAGAGAGAAAGAUAGGAAUAUUAAUAAAAGACGGAGAAGAGGAGGGAGAGGAAGAGAUAGAGGAAGAAGAGGCCUCGUUUGAAGAUGUCGAUUUCGACGAUUUGCCUGGAGGAGAAACAAAACCGUCUACAGAGAAAUCCCCUCCACCUCUGAGUUUAAUGGACCCAGCCUCACUCUCUAAGGAUUUGUUCCUAAUGGAUAAGAUUGAGGAUUUCCUCGACAACAAAGUGGAGGAGCCAUGCCCACAAGAUACUAGGACGGAUAUGCAGGGAGAGGAGCCACACCCACUACUGGAUAUGGUGCAUUUGCAGGAGAAUGAGCCGGAAAAUGAUCCUCAAUCUUUAGAGCAACAAGAACCAGAGGAACAGGAUCCAAUAAUUGAUACAUGCAGCUCAGAAGAAAGCUUAGUAGAUAAACCAGACCCACAGGACGAUCAGUUGGAUGAGCCACAAGAGAAUGAAGUGCCUUUAAGAAAGGAUGAGCCACACCCACAAAAUGAAGAGAAUGAGAUUGAAUCGACUACUGAAUACAAUGAGACUAAUGAACCACUCCCACAAGAAGAAAAUGAGCCACUCCCACUGGAAGAAAAUGAACCACUCCCACAAGAAGAUAACGAACCACUCUCACGAGAAGAUAGCAAGCCACAAGAAGAGGGUAACGAGCUACAACAAGAAGAUAUUACCAAGCCAUACCCAUCCCCACAAGAAGAAGGCAACCGCACACAAGAAGAUGUUACUGAGCCACAAGAAGAUAAAGAACCACUUCCACAAGAAGUAGAAGGUGUUCCACAGCCGCAGGAAGAUAAUGAGCCACUCUCACAAGAUGAAACUAACAAGCCAAUUCCACAAGAAGCUAAUGAGCCGCUUGUCCAGGAAGAAGAGAAUGAACCACUUCCUCAAGAAGAAGAUGAUGAGCCACUCCCACAAAACGAUAGUGAGCCACCCCCUCAAGAUGAAACUAACAAGCCAGUUCCACAAGAAGCUAAUGAACCACUCAUCCAGGAAGAAGAGAAUGAGCCGCUCCCUCAAGAAGAAGAUAAUGAGCCGCUCCCUCAAGAAGAAGAUAAUGAGCCACUCGUCCAGGAAGAAGAUAACGAGCCACUCCCUCAAGAAGAAGAUAAUGAACCACUCCCUCAAGAAGAAGAUAAUGAACCACUCCUUCAAGAAGAAGAUAAUGAACCACUCCCUCAAGAAGAAGAUAAUGAACCACUCCCUCAAGAAGAAGAUAAUGAACCACUCCUUCAAGAAGAAGAUAAUGAACCACUCCCUCAAGAAGAAGAGAAUGAGUCGCUCCCCGAAGAAGAAGAUGAUGAGCCACUCCCUCAAGAAGAAGAGAAUGAGUCGCUCCCCGAAGAAGAUGAUGAGCCACUCCCUCAAGAAAAAGAGAAUGAGCCACUCAUGCAGGAAGAGGUUAACGAACCUCUCCCUCAAGAAGAAGAGAGUGUUUCGCAGCCGCAGCACCUUCAAGAGGAUUAUGUCAUAAUAAAAGAUGAUAAAUGUGUUAACACUGAUCUGAUACUUAACACUGAUAUUGAAUCACAGACUGAUAUAUUAACAACUAGUGAAUCCUCCAAUCAAACCAUCAACCCAAUACUAGUUGACUCAAGUACUAAUACUACCAUUGAUAUUAAUGAGCUAAUGCAGCUAGCAAAUAUUGGAAGGGAGAGAAGAGAGAGAGAAGAAAGCAUUCAGUCUGUAAUGGCCGAAUUAAAUCAGGAGAGAUCACAAAGAUUAGUAAACGAUCAACUGGUCAAGAUAUUGGAGACUGACGUCACAGCAUUGCAACAAAGGAAUGUGACUGAGUUGAGCGAAAGACUUAAAUUAGAGAAUGAAAUAUCUGAUUUAAAGGCGGAAUACGCCCACUCACAAAACGAACUUAAAGAAAGUAACAACAGAGUCAACGAAUUGGAGGAAAGCCUCAGUGGAACAUUAUUACUAGUUCGUAAACUAGAGGAACAGAGUGCUACAAUCACAAACAAAGGUGGAGUUGAUUAUUUGUUGCAAGCUAAGAUUGCUGAUGGUAGAGCACAAGAAGCUGAACAACAACUACAAGUGUUACAAGCUGAAUUACUACAGUCCCAAGCAGAAGUGAAGAGAUUGCUGGACAGACUUGGAGAAUUAUCGAGAGGAAGACAAGAAAUGGUCUCAGGAGCAGUUCACUCUCAGCUACUGGAGCUAUCAGACAGAAGAGCAGAAGAGGCCGAGAGAAGAGUCAGAGAACUAGAGCAACAGGUUGUACUUCUUAAAUCCAGCAGAGAGGGAGGCAGCUCUAGCAACAGAUACAUGGACACCACCAGUUUCCCAUCUCUCACUUCAGCAUACAAGUAUCCUUUAGCAGGCAUGGGAGGCUCACUAAUGACAGGGACAUACUCCUCCAAUCCGUCCCCGUACUCCUCCAACCUGUCCCCCUACAGCAGCAACCCUUACAUCAGUGGAUCAGCUACCACCACUAGUUAUUUUGACCAGGGACCGUUGGAUUACACACGGCAACUAGGAGGGGGUUUCCCCUUUAACCCCAAACAGGAAGAGGGUAUUUCCCCUCAUCAUGGCCGUAGUGAGGGACUCUCCUUCAACAAAGGCGACGGAUCGUACGCACGACUUGAUAACAAAACUAACGACGACUCUUUGACAUUCUCGUCAUUCCUCAAAAAUCAAAAUAGCUCAAGUCAAUGGCUGCAAGAAACAACACGAACCACUCUCUCGCCUCCGAAAGAAGCCACACCCACUACAUUAUUACCGCCGGUAUCUUAUAACGAAGCUUCUCAGUCUUUGCUCCUCCCACCAAUUAACAACGAUGGGCCGUCUCAUGAAUUAUUAAUGAGUAAACCACCUCUAAUGACUAGUUCAAAAGAUGGUGAGUCCGAUGAUGAUGAUGAUGAUGAUUGGUCAACUAGCGACGAGGAGGGGGAAGAUCGAGAAGAGAGUGUUGAUGGAGACUCGUUGCGUCCCACAGCCCACAUGAACCUACGAUCGAAAUUCGAAUGGUUGUCUGCUCAAAAUGUUGCCCCAUCUACACAGCAGUCUCUACCAACCCUUCAUCCUGAGCUCCCUCAAGCCCCUCCUCCAGCUAUCAGUGACACUGGUAGGAGGGUACCGCCUCCAAUAGCUCCUAAGCCAAAGCUCUUUCGUACAAUCAGUAGCGAUAUAAAAGGAGAGGGACCAAUCUCAUUUGAUGAGGUGAUGAAACCUCCUUCGCUAAAGACUUAUAUUAGACCGAGAGGACCAAGAGGCCGACGCCCACCGUCAGGUUAUUAAUUACAUUAUACAUGCGCAUAAUUAUUGACUUUAAUACGUGCCGUGUGUGUUUGUACAUUAUAUUGCUGAUUGUUUAUUAUUAUUAUUAUUACUAUUAUUAUUGUUAUAAUAAUUAUUAUUGUUAUUAAU